AACUUCACCGCCAUUCCUUCCCUCUUUCUCUCUCUACUGAGCGAUCCUCCGAUGAAUCCCCGCGGCGCCGCGCGUCGAUGACCGUCCGAUCGAUCGGCCUCUCGAGACCGCCGCCGCCCUCCGCCGCCGCCGCAAUGGCCGCCUCCCUGCUCCUCCCCGACCUCGCCUUCAUCUCCUCCGCCCGAGCGGGGCGCGGCGGCCCCGUCCCCGUCCCCGUCCCCGCGCUCCGCCGCCGCCUCUCCGUCUCGGCGGCACGCUCUCUCUCCUCCCGGACCGCCUUCUCCGCCGGGAGGAGGAGGAGGAGCGCCGGAAUCGGAGUCCGGGCCCGAGUCGCGAGGGAGGAGGGCGUGCUGCCUCCGGAGACGCGGGACGGCGAGCUGGUCGAGAAGCUCAACGGCUACCCCUCGAACGGCAACGGAGCCGCCUCGGCGGGCGGCGCCAGGGGUGGAGGCGACGGUGCCUUUUCGAACGGUUCCGCUGGUUACUACGUGGAGGAGAGCGGGAGCGCGGGGGGCAACGGGAGCUUGGUGAAGUACGGGAAGGGAAAUGGCGCGGCGGCGACGGCGACGGCGACGGCGGAGCGACUGGUGAGGGAAGUGGAAGUGGUGGGGGCCACGGAGGAAGGGAGGAAGAGGAGGAUUGAGGAGAUUGGGAAAGAGGAUGCUUGGUUCAAGCAAAGUGGGCCGCAAGUUGAGGUAUCUGUUGCACCUGGUGGUCGGUGGAGUAGAUUCAAAACAUAUUCAACCAUUCAACGGACACUGGAGAUAUGGGGAUUUGUAUUGACAUUUAUUUUUAGGGUUUGGUUGAGCAAUCAGAAGUUCUCUUAUCGAGGAGGAAUGACUGAAGAGAAAAAGGUCUUACAGCGUAAGGUGCUUGCCAAAUGGCUGAAAGAAAACAUAUUGAGACUGGGUCCGACAUUUAUAAAAAUUGGACAGCAGUUCUCAACAAGGGUUGACAUUCUUCCUCAAGAAUAUGUUGAUCAGUUAGCUGAACUUCAGGAUCAAGUUCCUCCUUUUCCGUCUGACACUGCUCUAUCUAUAGUCAAGGAAGAGCUUGGAGCUCCUUUGGAGAAUAUUUUUGACAGAUUUGACUAUGAGCCUAUAGCUGCUGCUAGUCUAGGUCAGGUUCAUCGAGCACGUUUGAAGGGACAGGAAGUUGUUGUUAAAGUGCAAAGGCCUGGUCUCAAGGAUCUUUUUGACAUUGAUUUGAAAAACUUAAGGGUGAUUUCUGAAUAUCUUCAAAAGAUUGAUCCAAAGUCAGAUGGUGCCAAAAGGGAUUGGGUUGCAAUUUAUGAUGAGUGUGCAACUGUUUUGUACCAGGAAAUUGAUUACACCAAAGAAGCUGCUAACGCGGAGUUGUUUGCUAGUAACUUCAAGGACAUGGACUAUGUAAAGGUCCCAUCAAUUUUCCGGGAGAACACGACGCCCCAGGUUUUGACCAUGGAGUAUGUUCCAGGGAUUAAAAUCAACAAAAUACAAGCUCUUGAUCAACUGGGGGUAGAUCGCAAAAGAUUGAGCCGAUAUACUGUUGAAUCCUAUUUGGAGCAAAUUCUUUCUCAUGGUUUUUUCCACGCUGAUCCUCAUCCAGGAAAUAUUGCCGUUGAUGAUGUCAAUGGCGGACGGUUGAUAUUCUAUGAUUUUGGAAUGAUGGGAAGUAUAAGCCCGAACAUCCGAGAAGGUUUGUUGGAAACAUUCUAUGGUGUCUAUGAAAAGGACCCAGACAAGGUCCUUCAGGCAAUGAUUCAAAUGGGUGUUCUUGUGCCAACCGGGGACAUGACAGCUGUUAGACGGACUGCACAGUUCUUUCUUAACAGUUUCGAAGAGCGUCUCGCUGCACAGAGAAGAGAAGCAGAGAUGGCAACGGCAGAAUUAGGCUUCAAAAAGCCCUUGAGCAAGGAGGAAAAGAUUGAGAAAAAGAAGCAGAGGCUUGCUGCAAUAGGAGAAGAUUUGUUAGCCAUUGCUGCAGAUCAGCCCUUCCGAUUUCCUGCAACAUUUACUUUUGUUGUGAGAGCAUUUUCAGUGUUGGAUGGCAUUGGGAAGGGUCUGGAUCCUCGAUUCGAUAUUACUGAGAUUGCUAAACCUUAUGCACUGGAGUUGCUAAAGUUUCGUGAAGCUGGUGUUGAAGUCAUCCUGAAGGACUUUAGGAAGCGGUGGGACCGCCAAUCUCGUGCAUUUUACAACCUAUUUAGACAGGCUGACCGAGUUGAAAAGCUUGCAGAAAUCAUCCAGCGACUGGAGCAAGGUGACCUCAAGCUCAGGGUUCGGACUUUAGAAUCCGAGAGGGCCUUUCAACGAGUUGCAGCUGUCCAGAAGACAGUUGGAAAUGCUGUAGCUGCUGGAAGCCUGAUGAACCUUGCAACACUUUUGUAUCUCAAUUCAAUUCGAGCGCCUGCAGUAGUGGCAUAUGUUUUAUGCGCAUUUUUCGGUUUCCAAGUUCUCUUCGGCCUUAUAAAGGUGAAAAAGUUGGAUCAAAGGGAGAGAUUGAUCACAGGAACUGCUUAAACAUUGGACGUAUAGGAUUAUUGGUACAGAAGAAGCUGCUCCUGAGUGCACACAUUCAGCUUACAAACAUUUCAAGGGGAGCCAAAUAUCUAUUGGGGAGUCAUGAUAAUUCACCUCUUCAUUCAACUGGAUAAUCAGCAUGCGUCUGAUUCUUUAACUGUAUAUGUGAGGCAUGUUAUAUGAAUGCAGAACGCAGAACCAAUCUUUAGGGCCAUUCUGUGAAGUCUAUCAGCUUAAGUAGCCCACUCUCAGGUUUGCCCGUUUACUUUUUAUUCAGAGUAAACCCGCGCCUUUUAACAGAUAGGCCCAUGCAAUCAUAAGGAAGUUUAGUACUAGAACUUCUAGUUGUACGUAGAGCAGUCUUGAAGUUGUAAUAGUCAUCUGGUCAAGUUUUGGGUAGUUUGACCUCGCGAACAUGUGGCUGGUGACAUGUAACACAACUUGUAUAAUUCUGUAACGUGUACAUAGUGACAACAUUCGUAUUCUAAUUGUACGCAUCUCAGUCCACUUA